UGUAAACACCCGGCUGUUUGUUUACAGUUCUCGCGUGUCCAAGAUAAACAGCACCGAUCGCCGCUGCUUUUUUCUCCUCCGGCUCUCGCAGCGGGUGUGACAGUGAUUUUUAUACUUGCCGAACGUGCGCGAAUACCUGCUUGGGUUUUACAUACUCGCCGCGGCGAAAGCUCGGGCCAGCAGGUUCUGUGCGAGGGUAAUUUUGGCUUUUUGAGGUUAUCUGCGAGUGCGCGGCUACUGUGACAGUGAGUCGGGGAGUAUUGUUUACCUAUAUCAACGUCGUGGUGCUGUGUGCCGGUGUCGCAAGUAACAGGACUGCCAUCAGCCGAGGAUCGCCCGACGUGCCACUGCAGCCGAUGCCGCUUCGUUUGGAUGUUUCAUAAGGUAUGGAUGACUUUUGAAACUUAACAACAUCAGUGGAAUUGAAACAUAGCGAGUCUCAACUAGGUGAGCUUUGCCAAGACGUUGAUCAAUCCGUGAAUGUAACUACGUUCGCGAAGCAAGAAAAACACAGUCAAAGCAUCAAAGACAUGCAUUGUACUGAAAAACCAAGCAGAGCCCAUUGAGUCACGUACGGAGACUUUUCGAGUAUCUACGCCUCGUCUGCUGCUCGUCAUAUGUAAGCAUUACGUGUCACUUCUCCGUGCAGGCUGGCGGAAUUCAAUUUCGGAACUUGUGUGUAAAAGCUCAGCAUCAACCGCGGCCUUUUCAAUCGGACGUUACUAGGAAUGUGAUGUCGCGCUAGGCCCGAGUUAGGUGGGGUCCGCCGCGAGAUGGAGGCGGGACCGAAACAGGCUGCGGCGCCGGUCGGCUCGGCCGGCAGCCAACAACAGCAGCCGCAAUCGCAACAGCAGCAACAGCUACUGGACGACAUGGUGGAGACGGGCCCGGUGGACGACGGCAUCCUACUCGCCCGGGUCCACGUGCCCGAGCUCUGCGUCAGCAAGUGUCUGCAGUUCCCCAAGGACCAGCUGGUCUGGGACGUCAAGCAGCAGUGCCUCGCCUCUCUGCCCAAGGAGGUGGCCACUUGGUAUAGGGAGUUGAAGGAGAGCUUCAAUUACGGGCUGUUCUAUCCGCCGGUGAACGGCAAGGCCGGGAAAUUCCUGGACGAGGAGCGCCGGCUCGGGGAUUAUCCUUUCAAUGGACGUGUAGGCUACCUCGAGCUCAAGUACAAGAGGCGGGUCUACAAGAUGCUGCACCUCGACGAGAAGCAGCUGAAGGCGAUGCACACGAGGACGAAUCUGCGCAGGCUGCUCGACUACGUGGCCAACAGCCAGGUCGAGAAGAUCGCCAAGAUGUGCGGCAAGGGCCUGGACCCGAACUUUCACUGUCAGGACACGGGAGAAACGCCGCUGACACUGGCGACGACGCUGAAGAAGCCGUCGAAGGUGAUAAUAGCGCUGGUGAACGGCGGAGCCCUGCUGGACUACAGGACGAAGGAGGGACUGACGGCGAUGCAUCGGGCCGUCGAGCGGAACAACCUCGAAGCGGUGAAGACGCUCCUGGAGCUCGGCGCCAGUCCGAACUACAAGGACACCAAGGGCCUGACGCCCCUCUACUACAGCGUCAUCUACAAGACCGACCCGAUGCUCUGCGAGACUCUGCUGCACGACCACGCGACCAUCGGCGCGCAGGAUCUCCAGGGCUGGCAGGAGGUUCAUCAGGCCUGCCGCAACAACCUGGUCCAGCACCUGGACCACCUACUCUUCUACGGGGCGGACAUGAACGCGCGCAACGCCUCGGGCAACACGCCGCUGCACGUCUGCGCGGUCAACAACACCGACUCCUCGUGCAUCAGGCAGCUGCUCUUCCGGGGCGCUCAGAAGGACGCCCUCAACUACGCCAACCAAACGCCCUACCAAGUGGCCGUCAUUGCCGGCAAUAUGGAACUUGCGGACGUUAUCAAGAACUACCAGCCCGACGAAGUCGUGCCAUUCAAGGGCCCGCCCCGCUACAAUCCGAAGAGGCGCUCAGUGGCAUUCGGCGGUCUCUCCACAAGCUGCAGUGCGGGCAACCUCGGCCUCGGCACGCUGACGAGGCUACCGUCCGGUGACUAUCAUCAGCCACUGACCCCGUCCUCGCCCGUCGGCAUGUCGACCUCGCUGAUCAGCUCCUCGGGCUCCUCGUCCUCGGGCUCGGCGAGCAACACCCUGACCCGCGAGCACUUUGGCCCCAGCAAUCCCAGCCGAGUCGUCUCCUCGGCCGACGCCUACCUCGCCUCCGGCAGCCUCGGCCGGGGGAUGUCCAGCACGCCUACAACGCCCGCCGAAAACCAGCCCCAGCAGCAUCAUCACCACGGGACGAUGUCCAGGGCGGAGUCGCACCACGGUUGCCUCAACAGAGUGCCGUCCAUCGAGAAGCAGGGUAGCAGUAGCGGCGCCGGCAGUGGUUCCACGGGUUCCGCUGCCGCGUCGAGUAGUAGCAACACCAAUACCAUCCAGAGAAAUCCGUCCGAACAGCAGCAUCAGCAACAGCAGAGAUUGAGCUCCGAGUAUCAGAGCCCCGCGCAGCUCAGGGAGCACGCGAGAUUAUCGAGCAGCGGCGAGCACUAUCAGAACGUGCGAAUAGAGGGCCUGACGAGGCUGCAGGAGCACAGGAUCGAGCUCCAGCACCGGCUGGACAUCCAGGGGGGAGGCGGGGGCGGGGGCCUCGGGGGCCUCAGGCCCCUCGAGAUGCCCCCGUCGCCCUCGCCGAGCAGUCGGAGUCUGGCGCCCUUCAGCUCCGCAAGCUCCAGCCUCUCCGAGGGCAGUAAUCAACCGUCCGGGGAGGACUCGGCCAGUAUUGUCACAGACAAGAGCCUCGGCGACACGGCCUCGGACGUCAUCAGCGACAGCUCGGGCGUCGGCACCUCGCAGUCCGACACGACCAACAACUCGCUAUCGAUACCCGGCACCACCGUCGUCUGCGUCGAGCCCUACAGCGCUGGAAUACCCGGGCAUCUGGCCAUCAAUCAGGGUGAUAUACUCGAAGUGACAGGAGCGACGGACUGCGGCCUGCUCGAAGGCGUCCUCCGCGGCCAGGGCACCGGUCUGUUCCCGGCUCACUGCGUGCAGGAGGUCAGGCUGCGUCACACCAACAUACCCCUGGGGCCGCAGGCGGUCGCGAGGGAGGUUGCCGCCGCCGCAGCCGCCUCCAGGAAUCGAGUGCUCGGCCGUCGGGAGUCGCAGCACAAGUACUUUGCCACUGCUCCUAGAUUAAAGAAACCUUUUCAUGCUUACGAUUCCAGGGUUACGACAGAGCCGCGCACAGUCGUGCUACAUCGUUCGCGAAAAGGCUUCGGCUUCGUGUUGCGCGGCGCCAAGUCAACGACGAAUCUCACCGAGGUCACGCUGUCAGCCAGGUACCCGGCUCUUCAAUACCUCGAUGACGUCGACGAGGGUGGCGUGGCCGAUCUCGCCGGCCUUCGCAAAGGAGAUUUUCUCAUCCAGAUUAACGGCGAGGAUGUGACGACGGCUCUGCACGAGCACGUGGUCGACCUGAUCAGGAAGUCCGGCGAGCUGGUGCGCAUGACGGUCGUGUCGCCGGUACUCAGUCUUCCUAACUCGCAAUUGGCAGCCGCCCUGCCGACUAGUCAGCCGAUCCAGAGGCAAUACGCGACGCUGCCACGCAAGACCAACAACAGCGUCGUCAUCGGUGGCACCCUCGGCCGAUCGCCCGCGCCGAUGCCGCCGCGCAGAGACCCAAAGACUACACUCAGCGUCGGGAGAGCCAGGGCUCGAUCUAUGGUCGCCGGCCUAGAAGGUGGCGGCGAGAAGGACGAUCGUGACGAAAUGUCGUCGAACUGCGCUAAAUCCAACAGUUCCGAGUCGCUGCACUUGAACCAACCAACGACGCCGGGAGGUAACGCCAAUCAGAAUUCAUCCUCACAACCAAGAACAGCGAGCAUACGCUCGAGACCGACAUCUAGUCGGAUUACCGCGGCUGAACUCGAGGAGCUCUUUCAGCGACAACAGGGCGCCAACGGCGCUGCUAGUAGCAUGAGCAGCGCCAUGAGCCCCAGCCACUACGGCUCGACGAUGCAGAUGAACUCGAGCUCGCACUUUCCCAGCGGCACGAUUAGCACCAAGUCCCAUUCAACUUCGCCGGCCAAGUCCGGCCGGGUCUACGCCAGUGUUGCCGAGAUGAAGCGCAAGGGCAAAUCGUCGCGAGUGCGCUUUUUCGGCGGUCUGGGCGGCGGCUCGGAGCUGCACCGCGACUUCCACAGCACGCCCGACCUCAACGUGCAAGCACAGAUCGGUGUUGGCGGAGGCGCCGCGAGCCUCUUUCCCAAGGGACAUCGCAGCCAGGAGGACGUCAACGCGGCUCUCGGCAGGAACGGACUGCCGCCACCGAAUCACCCGCCACCACCGCCUCCGGUCGGGCAGGUCGUCAAGGUCAAUGUGGGGGCACCGGUACCUGACGUAGUCACGCCAGCUUCUGUCUACGAUAACAUGGCCCACAUACAGCAGGUCAAAGAACUCGCCGCAGCGACAGCGGAGAACAACUACGGCGUGAUGUCGAGCUUCCGGCCAUCCAACAGUGCGAAGCUCUACGCCUCUCCCGAGGAUAUGAAGACGGUAGGCUAUCGCUCGCUCAGUCUGCCCAGCCACUCGACGCGCUCCCAGCUGCGAAAAUCCCACAGUCUUCGAACACCCAAUGGCGCCGGCAGCGCCGCUACCUUCAAACCUGGUCCCGGUAAUCAACUAGCUAACGGCGCGAGUCAGGCUAACGGUGUCGCGACUGCGGCUACUGCUGGCGGUAACGGCAACAACAACAAUCAAUACGCACAACCGCUCAAGAACGGCAGGAGUCACAGCACUGUCGGUAUCAUGAGGGAGAGAAAGAAGAAGUCCAGCUUGACCACCAGCUCGUCGGCUUCGAACCUAUCGGGAGUUUCUGGCGGUAACAAUCCGAACGGCGGCGCGUCGGCACCACCCAUACCCGAGCCCGACUACAGCUUGAGUGAGUCGGAGAACGACGAGGACUUGACGGACGAAGGCGACGAGUCAGAAAUCGCUAAGGAACUGGAAAAAGCAGCGCAGCGUGAGAAACUCGAGUCAACGCGCGAAACGUCUGGCAACUCCAAUGCCUCCGCUGGCAGUGGAAGCAGUAGCAGCUCCUCGGGCUCGGGCUCACUACCUCACUCGUUCAGUGUCGAAGAGAUCCAAAACGUCCGCAAGCAGCUAAAGACUCAACAGUCCCUUGUGGAGGAUGGCGACAACAGCUCUAGCGGCGUAAGUUCUGAUCAGGAUGUACCUGUAGGGCCUCCUACUGGCUUUGACGACACGAAAGCUCGCAAUAACGAGGCCAAUCACCAUCAGCAUCAGCACGUACAUAACCAAGCUCAUGCCGACAAAGAAAAUAAUAGCGUGAUGGUGGUCAGCAGUGGUUGCGCGCAGAAGAGGGCGAGCUACGGUGGAAGCGGUUUGCUAACGAGGCACGCAGUCAGCCUGGCCCAACUGCCACCACCAAUCGAGGCCGAUGCCGAGGAGCAGGGCAAUGACCUGUUUGUACCACCGCCACCCGAGUUCAACGCCGAUGGCACACCGAUCACCGGUACUGGCGCUGACGAACUCGUGUUCGCGCCACCUCCGCAGUUCUGUGACAACGGCAAGAUCCAACCGCAGCAACAGCAACAGCAACGCGUCAAAAUUAUCGGGGCCAUACCCAAGGCACAGAGCAACAAUAAUCAGGUCAAACCGCCUAGUGGACGACUACACAGUCAGUGAGACACGGUGGGCAGCUCCAAAAAACGGGAGGAAGUCCGCGAGGCGAUCACAAGAAUGGAUUUUUAGAAGGAAACGUUAGGCUCGCAAACACGUUGAAUAGAAAGUAAGGGGUGUUUUAGAUUGGAAUAUUAAAACUGUUGACUGUGAGAAAGUAUAAAAUUAAAAGCAGAUUACAAGUAUGAUACAACUUUGAGUUCUAUUACGUAUAUUUUUGUUUUUUUCUUGUAACACUUAAAAACAUUAUAUCUUUUGCGCGUCAAUAAAAAAUGAUGAUUUAUGUUUUCUCGUAGCUAACAGUUUGUGAAUACGAUGGAAGAUAAAACGUUUCCGACGGGAGAAAAAUCCAAUAAAAUCGUUCAAUUAAAUAUAUAGUACACUGUUGCUCUCAAUGCACACCAUAUUAAAAAAUAUGCCUGUCUAAUUACAAAAUGACCAUUAGUACUAGUCCUACUACAAAAUCUGAGAAAAUUGACAUUAACAAACUAUUAUUGAUUGAAGCAAAGGUAUUUCAAGUUAUUUUUAAAGAUUUUUACUCACAAUUGAUUUAGUAUUAAAAAAAAAAAUAUUUAAAAAUCUUUUAAAAGUAAAAUAAUUUAAUGGCAAAAUUUUUGUUUUAGUUAAUAAAUAUGUUUGUUAUGUGUAGUUUUUUUCUUGGAAUGAGUAGGUAUUUGAGAUAAACGCAAGAGGCAUUUCGCGUCAGUUUUUACUUGCGAAACUCAUAGUUAAUAAGUCUGUGCAAAUCGAGGUCCGUUAAUUUUAAUUCAGCAAAAAACCAUUGCCAUAGAUUUGAUUCUACAGAUCUAGAUAACCACACUUUUCGAUGGAUUUAUACAAUUUUACGUAAUUCAUGUACAGAACACGUUUGCUCUACAUUAAGAUUGACUAAAUGCAAUACACAACUUUUUACAAAAAAAAAAAAUUAUUAUAAUUUUAAUUAUAUCUCAGCUGAAAGCUAGAUUUAAUAUUUAAAUCUCAGCUAUGGAAUGAGUUUCUUUUUUUGCGUUAAACACUCGCAUACAAAACUAAAUUUUACGAUUACGUGGUAACAUUUCUAUAAAACUGAGAAUAUAUACAUUUUGAUGAUUCUCGGAGAAAGUUUUAAAUAUUUGGAAACAGUGAAAAUGCUUCAUUCAACAUCAAUUGUAGAAUCGAAUCUAUGUUGUGAGGUGAACGGAAAAACCGUGAUCCAUUUUUAUUGCAAUAGCGGUGGCCUAACAAGGCAUGCAUUUUUCUGGCAUAAGGUUGAGAUACGCAAACAAAUGUGUGCGCGCAGCGAGGAUUUCGAGUAUUCUGCUCUUUAAUAAUUGUAUGUCCAAUACGAGGUUUAGAAAAGCAUAAUAAAGAAGCUGCAGUGUAUGCGUGACAAACCGAGUAUGUGCGAACCACAAUGCGAAGUUUGUUUUUAAUACAAUUUCUAUUAUGACUAUGGCGUGUGUUUAAUACUUUUUCAACAGAGAAUAAAAGAAAAUGAAAAUAUUAAUAAUUGUAAUAAGUAACGAUGCCGAAACUGGCCCUGUUAUGUCUUCUAAAUGCGUACUUUUCACAUUGGAUAUGAUUGCAAGAUAAGAACUAUUAUAAAAUGUAGUUGAAACAACGAAACUUGGAUUAACACCUUGUAGUGCGUGUGAGUAAAUUUUUGCUUCUAAAACAUAUAUUUGCAUAGUGAAAAACUUUUUAGAUGAUAAUCAUAUUUCAAUUUUGAAAUAACAACAAAUUACAAUGUAAUGCGCGCAUACCUUCCAUUUUUCAAUCCAAAUAGUCCAUGUCAUUUUUAUUCGUCGCUGUUUUAGUAUUAGGUAUGAAUGUAAUCCUGAUUAGAAAAUUUGAUUGAAAAUAUGAAGUAAGGGUUAUAAAAACAGAAUAGUCAAUUAUCAGUAACAGGUCGAAAUAAUUAGAUUCUAUUAAAAUCAUUUGCAAAUAAAUAAGUUAUUAUUCAAUAGAAUCAAAUCAUUUUUUACAGCAUAAUUGACUUGAUUUUACCUUGAUGAUGUAAAAUAUUACUGAUCUCUUUCUUUUAGCUGCAAUUCUUCAAUUUUAUUUUCGAAUCAGGAAAAAUGGUAAUGAAAUGUGUUUUAGACUAUCGUUAAGAAAAAAAAUUGCAUUAGUGCAAAACUGAAGCUUUUUUUUAAUACAAGACACUAGUUUUAUUUACACGAGAAGAAUAUACAAAAGAAAUCCGAAAAUGAUAAAUACAAUUGUAAAGAAAUGUGAAAACAACGUUGAAAAGAGAAAAAUGGAGUGCAUAUGCGAAAUUGGUCUCACAAUGGAAAGGGCGUCGAUCGUAAUUUUUAUUGUGUAUAUUAUUAUAAUUUUUAUGGAGGUACAUAUUAUAUAUACUUGUAUUAUUAAUUAUUUCUUGUGCGUAAGUAGACAAUUGAAAUGCGAUAUUCAAGCGCCUAAACGAUUGUGUAUACCGCCAAGAGUUACUCACAAAGUCAUUAGAUUCAUUUUUUAGUUCUUAAUGUGUCAAAGUAAGAUGUAAAAGCGUGUGUGAACGACACUGAGACGAGUACAUGAUUUAUUGAUAAUCGCGAACUAGACAACACUAUAAAAAGAAAAAAAUACAUAACGCGCGGUAUAAAUGCGAUAUGCCUCUUUAAAAUGCUAUAUAUAAAUAUUAUUCAUAUCUAUACUUGGCUUUGUAAGAUAGGUUGUACACCGUUUACAGAAAAAAUUUAUUUUGAAGUCUUUUUUCUUUAUUCUCUUAAUUUAGAAAAUUGUUAAAAAUGCGAGCGAAUGAUCAAUAUUUUUUUUAUUUCCCGCUGCAGUUUGCGUCUUGUUUUAUUCGAGCGAGUGCUCGAAUUCCCACAAGCGAAUCGUCGUCAAACGAAACAAUGAAAGGAAGAAAAAAGAACAAGAGGGCGUGUAAUAAUUAUUUCUUGUUGUAUAUAUAUAAUAUAAAUGUAAUCUUCCUUUCUUCGAAAACUUUUCGUGCGAUCGAAAAAAGUCGAGCCGUAACAAUCCAAAAUAAGCGGCUCACGGUAAUACUAUAUAUUAUAUUGUAUAUAUUGAAUAACAUUACAAUAUGUUCACAAAGAAUUGCGAUGGUGAUUAAUUAUAUGUUUAUAUAAUUUUUAUUAUAAUUAAUACUAUAAUCAUUAUGCUAUUACUAUUAUUUUUAAUAAUUGCCUCUAUUAUUACUAUGGUCAUAUUAUUAUUAUUGUCAUCACUAUUAUCAGUAUCAAUACGAUUAUGGACCUAGCAUUAAGGAGCUCAGAGCAAAAUAUUGCAUCUCCCAAAAAUAAAAAUUGAUUUUCCUUUGCCGAUAUCAAUUAACUGGGGAAUGCGAAGGGUAGAGUAUUAUGGUAAUUACAAUUGAUGAAUGUCGUCAAAAAAGGGAAAGUAAGCGGCUGCGUUAUCUCGAUGUUUCCUUUUGUAUUAAAGAAACCUACUAAAUUCUGAAAGUGACGAUUUUUCGCCCUAACUCUUCAUUUGAAAUUUCAAGGCAUUUCGCUAUUUUACUUACUCAAUUUUUAUUUCUAAUUGGGACUUUUUCUUAUAAUUAAUUUUACAUUCAAGAUCCUUAUAAAGUAUGAACUUUUGCGAAAAAUCGGCUGUUAAGUAUCAUCAAAGUAAAUUUAUAAAGCAAGUAGCAGAUCUGCGCCUGUAUAAUCUAGAUCUGCAUGAGUUUUAUUCGUCCCCGCGAUGCUCGAAAAGCAACAGAAACUAAAAUAAAAACGAAAAUGAUAAUCGAGACUUUUCGAGCUUUGCUGAUUCUUUAUGGCCUUUUGCGUUCUAAUCGAUCCGUCAGUACAAUUUCACCAGCCAGUUUAUGUAAUGAACCGAUCAAUAUAUGUAUAGCGUGAUUGGCAUAUAUAUAUAUAUAUAUAUAUAUAUAUAUAUAUAUAUAUAUAUAUAUAUAUGUGUGUUGACAAAUACAUAUAUUAUUACAUGUAAUAAAGAUUAUUAUAUGAAUUAUACGAAGAAACAACAAAAAGUGAAAUAUAUUGAAUUAAAAUAUUUUCGAGUGUCAGAAUUGAAAAAAAUACCUUUGCAUUAAUUAUUAAUAUAUGAAACUUGUGUUUGAGGUAUAAAAUACAAUCGGAUUUAUAAAUAAAAUAUGAAUAAAAAUAAAUUACAAGUUUGUUGCUUCAUGUUUUACAUGUAUGUGAGAUUAGCUAGAUUAAAAGAUAAAGGCUAACCCUCGACGGACGAUAUUUUAUAGUUAAAAGACAUUCCUGCCAAAAUGUAGUGUAAUAUAUAUCCAAAUUUAUUGGAGAGUUAAAAAAUACGAAAGAGAGAGACAGAGAGAGAGAGAGAGAGAGAGAGAGAGAGAGAGAGAGAGAGAGAGAGAGAGUAAUGGAAGAAAAAGCAAGAAGUGAGUGAACGUAUUUAUAAUUAAAAAGAUUAACAGCACCGUUAAUAUCCAUCUUUAACUGUUUCGAUUAUUUUUACUGUAUACGUUCGACGGUUCCAUUUAUAUACACAAUGUACAAUUGACACUCGCGCAAUGUACUCAACAAUUUAGUAGCUCUGUAUCUUCGAUAUUGCGAAAAAAGUCUCUAAAAUUUAAAA